GGGCUGCCUGGCGGUGGGGGAAGGGACUGGUGGAACGGGUUGAGAAACAUGCUCUCUUCCUUUUUCUCCCAGCCCACAACCUGCUGUUCAAUUCAGCUUCGGUUUUGACAUAACUGUACAGCUUUUUCCGCCAUCCGCUUUUGUGAGCCGUCAUUUUUCCCCCCUGAGACUUGCCGGACCCCCCCUCAGCCCCACCAGGCAGCAGAGAUGCAAGCCAUCAAAUGUGUGGUGGUGGGAGAUGGAGCUGUGGGUAAAACCUGCCUCCUGAUAAGCUACACCACCAAUGCUUUCCCAGGAGAAUACAUUCCCACUGUAUUUGAUAAUUACUCCGCCAACGUGAUGGUGGACAGCAAACCUGUCAACCUUGGGUUGUGGGAUACAGCUGGCCAGGAAGAUUAUGACCGCUUAAGGCCUCUCUCCUAUCCUCAGACGGACGUCUUCCUCAUCUGCUUCUCUCUUGUCAGCCCUGCAUCUUACGAAAAUGUUCGUGCCAAGUGGUUUCCUGAAGUACGACAUCACUGUCCUAGCACUCCCAUGAUCCUUGUGGGCACUAAACUGGAUCUUCGGGAUGACAAGGACACUAUAGAGAAGCUCAAGGAGAAAAAGCUGGCACCCAUUACUUACCCACAAGGCCUUGCACUGGCCAAAGAGAUUGAGGCAGUGAAAUACCUUGAAUGCUCAGCCCUGACACAGCGUGGCCUGAAAACAGUGUUUGACGAGGCAAUACGGGCGGUUCUGUGUCCACAGCCGACAAAGACAAAGAAAAGGGGAUGCAGGAUCCUCUGAGAUUUCAAACUCUGUCCCCUCUUCUCCUGGAUGAAACUUUCUCCGUGCUUUGCUGAUGAGACAGACACUCAAGGUUUUGGCACUGGCUGGAUUCUUCUCCUGUACCUCUGAAGGCCAAACUAGACCAAGAUGCUGAAAGAUCUAUAAAUGCUUCUCCUCCAUGAUU